AUGACCUAGGGUGGAGUGGGGAGUAAAGAAAAGGAACUGAAAGCUCGAGAAGCUCGACGCCAGACUUCAGACAGACAACUUCAAACUACCAUACUUUUGCAUGACUUCUUUCUUAUCCGGCUUGACAUUUGGAUGAGUACAACAAUGCCAGCCUCUAUCAACUUUAUGACUUCACAUCAUUUUUUUUUUAAAACCACAUGCACAGCUAGCUGCUAGCAGGAGGAAACCCGACCAGAAACCAACCCCUCAGCUAUUGAGCUCUGCAACACAAUUGGAGAGAAAGCCAUUUGACAAGGCGAAAAACCAAAGCGCGGAACACAUCGACCCGAACAGAGCAGCUUGAGGCAGACACGAUGGCUGCAGUCACACCUGUCACCCUCGGCUUCCCCACAAACCAAAACAUCUCUAACUCAAGUGACUACGAUUACAAUUACGAUUACAAUUAUGAUGGCAAGGAACCAUGCGAUUACGUAAACUUCAAGCCUCAGGGUCUUGUCAGGAUCUACUCCAUCUUCUUCACGGUUGGCCUCCUGGGUAACUCCGUGGUGGUCUGGGUCAUCUCCUGCGGGGCCCGACUGCGCAGCAUGACGGACGUGUGCCUUCUCAACUUGGCCAUUGCUGACAUUCUCUUGUCGUGUUCCCUCCCGUUCCUCGUCUACCAGGCCUACGACCAGUGGGUGUUUGGGGAGACCAUAUGCAAAAUUGUUCUGAUCACCUACAACAUAGUCUUCUACAGUGGGAUCUUCUUUGUCACACUCAUGAGCAUCGACCGUUACUUGGCUAUCGUGCACGCCGUUUACGCCACAAGAAUCCGAACACAGCAGUUUGGAAUAGCAGCCGCAUUGGUCACAUGGGUAAUUGGAGUGAUGGCGUCUUUUCCAGAUAUUCUAUAUCUCAAACAAGAUUCAAAUGGUAGCGUGACACACUGUUUCCCAGAAUACCCGGCGGUGGGCAACAACCAUCAUUUCUGGAGGGUCUUGGGCCUUUUUAAAAUGAACAUUUUAGGUCUAAUCAUCCCUCUAGUGAUCAUGGGCUUCUGUUACUCACAGAUCAUCCUCAGGUUGCUUUACAGUCCCUCUUCCAAGAGACAGACCAUCCAAUUGGUCGUCACAGUGGUGGUGGUUUUCUUCUGCUGCUGGGUCCCAUACAACAUCACCGUGUUCUUCAAAGCCCUGGAGUUGCUGGACCUGUAUACCAGUUGCGAGGCCAGCAAAUCCAUACAUGUAGCUCUACAAGUUACAGAGAUCAUAGCAUAUCUCCACACUUGUCUUAACCCCUUCUUGUACGUGUUUGUCGGACGAAAGUUCAGGCAACACUUGUGGAAGUUGAUCGACAAGGUUCCCUGCCAUCCGUGUCGCAUGAUCAGCGUGAUCCUUCCGCAGGACAGACUCCGACGAAGCUCGGCCAUGUCGCAAACCUCCAGCUUGGAUGAGAGAAGCACUGGGAUAUAGACUAAACCUUUGCUGCCCUUUUUAAGCUUCCUAGAUGUAUGUGGGUUCUGCCCUGUUCUCCUCAUGCCCCCAAAACUUGAGGCCAGAGCUAUCUGCUACCUGUGCAACAUUAUCUUGCUUGAAUGGAACCAGACAACACAAAAGACUACACUUUCCGAUUCGCCACCAUUUCUGGCCAAUGGCAGCCAAAGCAAAGGCGCAUUGGUCCCCACCUUUUACAAGGAGGACCAUGUGAUGGUCACGGGAUUAAUGAACACUUAGUAAGUAAGUCAGUGAGAGGCGUCACAAGCCACACAACCCUCAUAUAUGUUUGACAAUCCUAAAUUAUCACAGGGUUUAACCUAUUGUUUUAGUAAACCUUGCAUGAGCUGCACUCGGACCUCGCAUAGCUAGCGUUUCCCGGCCGAGCUCUGAAAAUCAAGGCUAUCAUUCAGGACACAAAAGGCCAAUGAAUGAAUGUCAGACACCACCGUUGUAAUACUAUCCCCCACAACAGAACUUUUUUCUCCUUAUCACAAUGUGGCAGUUGUGUGUAACGAAUGUUGAUCUGUGAAAAGACAGUGAGCAACUCUGUACAGUCAUGACAAACAAGACCUGAAUCUCAUAUGAGCCAGCUUCCUAUGUGGUUCCUGAGGCUUCAUCGACCCAUUUUCUAAGGUUACACGAGUAUCGAUAUGUGGUUGCACAUGCAUCCUGUCGAGGUGUUUGCAGACGAGCAUCUCUUGUAACCAUGGCGCUCAACAUCUUCCUUGUAUGAAAUAAAAAUCUACCACUGAAACUCACAUUUUAAAACCCAACACUGUCAAAGGUUACAGAUUGUCCCCAAGACACAGAAUCUUAUAUUUGUAAAUUCAGAGAAUGUUGGUUCUGUUUUGCGGCACAUCUUUUUUUAUUAUCAUUAAAUUUUUACUUAAUGUUGUAAUGUUUUGUCAUGCAAUGUAUAGUUUACAGGUGCCCUUUUUCACUAGCAUUUUUUAACCAGCUUCAAGAAAAAGUUUGUCUGAUAUGCAACCUGUAAAUGUCCGUCUGCUAUUUAAAAAAAACAGGUGGAAUUUGAGUAUUUAAUAAAGACUGAAUUUCUCCAGGA